GCUUGCGCCGCCGGGGAAGACUGUCUUUGCACUGUGGCUGCCGCCUGCGCCAACCAAAGCGAGGAGACCCAAGCUGCUCCGUGCACUGCGUGCAGUGUGUGGUUCCCGAGCCUUCCCGUGUCCGCUCGGCCGCCGUCGGGCCACGUCAGGGAACUGCCACCUGCAGCCAGGCCGCCAGCCAUGCCAGCCGCGCCCGCCCUGCGCCCGCCGCCGCCGCCCACGACCCCGGCACCUCCGGCUCCGAGCCGCCCUGCGCCUCCCAUCCCGGGCCACCGAGGCCCGUGUGACCAUUCUCUAAAAUGCUUAAGCUCCAAGAUUUCUGAGCGAAAGCUGCAAAGCUCCUGGCUGCCUGCUGGGCGAGGACCUCUGGAGAAACCCGCCCUGGGGCCACGCGGUGCCGUCAUGCCCAUGUUCAAUCCUCAGAGUGGCCUUCACUCAGCCCGUGCUGAGCACAGCCCGCUGAAGCCCAGGGUGGUGACGGUGGUGAAGCUGGGUGGGCAGCCCCUCCGCAAGGCCACCCUGCUCCUCAACAGGCGGUCGGUGCAGACAUUUGAGCAGCUCCUAGCCGACAUCUCGGAAGCCUUGGGCUUUCCACGGUGGAAGAAUGACCGUGUGCGGAAGCUGUUCACCCUCAAGGGCAGGGAAGUCAAGAGUGUGUCUGACUUCUUCAGGGAGGGGGAUGCCUUCAUAGCUAUGGGCAAAGAGCCGCUAACAUUGAAGAGCAUCCAGUUGGCUAUGGAGGAGCUGUAUCCCAAGAACCGGGCCCUUGCCCUGGCCCCACAUAGCAGAGCCGCCUCCCCAAGGCUGAGAAGCAGACUUCCCAGCAAGCUUCUCAAAGGAGGCCCCCGCUGUGGAGAGGUGGGAAGCUGUAGUGAGGUUAUGGGGAGCCGGACAGUCACCAGGCAUCAGGGCAAGACCUCUACAGAGCUGGCCUUGGAAGACAAGGUGAGGGCCCAGAAGAAGUGGGUAAGAGGCAAACAGGAAGCAGAACCUGGUGCCCUGCCAACACCCAGGGAAGCCACUCUGGAGGAGACUCAUGCAAGUGGAGAGAAGCACCUGGGGGUGGAGAUCGAAAAGACCUCCGGGGAGAUCGUCAGGUGUGAGAAGUGUAAGCGAGAAAGAGAGCUGCAGCUGGGCCUGCAGAGGGAGCGGUGCCCGCUGGGCAUCAGUGAGCUGGACCUGGGGAGGGGUCAGAAGUGGGAUUCGGAGAAGCUGGUGAGGACCAAGAGCUGCAGGCGGGCUUCUGAGGCAAACUCGACGGAUGGAGAGGAAGGAUGGAAGGGUGAUAGCCAUCGGAGCAGCCCCAGGAAUCCCCCUCAGGAGCUGAGGAGACCCAGCAACAACUCAGACAAGAAAGAGAACAGAGGCUCGGAACCUCAGGAAAGUCACCCUCAAGGAGCAGCCAAGGCCCAGAAGGACCUCGUGGAAGGUCCACAAGCUGUACAGGAGGGGCUGGUGGAUGCGAGGAAAGACCCCAGGCACACGUGCAGGAAUAAGCAUGGCGCCUGGCUUCUGAGAGAGCACCAGGCCGAACCCCCGCAGCUUCCCAGGACCCGAGGGGAGGAGAAGGAAACAGACCACGAGAAGAAGCCAGGUGGCUCAGGAGGAAGGAGAAUGGUGCUGGAAAAGGAGCCUAAGACGAAGCUGGAAGAGAGCAAGCUGGAACGGCCCAGUGGCCGGAAGCUGCGGCCGCUGGGCAUCAUCUCAGCUGAUGUGGAGAAGCACUAUGAAAUCGGUCGGGUCAUCGGGGACGGGAACUUUGCCGUCGUGAAAGAGUGCAGGCACCGCGAGACCAAGCAGGCUUACGCCAUGAAGAUUAUUGACAAGUCCAAGCUGAAGGGCAAGGAGGACAUAGUUGACAGUGAGAUUUUAAUUAUUCAGAGCCUCUCUCACCCCAACAUCGUGAAAUUGCACGAGGUCUAUGAAACGGAAGCAGAGAUCUACCUGAUCAUGGAGUAUGUUCAGGGAGGGGACCUUUUUGAUGCCAUCAUAGAAAGUGUAAAGUUUCCAGAGCCUGAUGCCGCACUCAUGGUCACAGACUUGUGUAAGGCCCUCGUCCACAUGCACGACAAGAAGAUCGUCCACCGGGAUCUGAAACCGGAAAACCUUCUGGUUCAGCGAAAUGAAGACAAGUCUACCACCUUGAAGCUGGCUGAUUUUGGCCUGGCCAAACAUGUGGUGAGGCCUAUAUUUACCGUGUGUGGGACGCCUACAUAUGUAGCUCCUGAGAUUCUUUCUGAGAAAGGUUAUGGCCUGGAGGUGGACAUGUGGGCUGCAGGUGUGAUCCUCUACAUCCUCCUGUGUGGCUUCCCCCCUUUCAGAAGUCCUGAGAGGGACCAGGAUGAACUCUUCAACAUCAUCCAACUGGGCCAGUUUGAGUUCCUCGCUCCUUACUGGGACAACAUCUCUGAUGCUGCCAAAGAUCUGGUGAGACAUUUGCUGGUAGUGGACCCCAAGAAGCGGUACACGGCCCACCAGGUCCUUCAGCAUCCCUGGAUUGAGAUGGUUGGACAUCCAAGCACAGUGAACCCACAGAAGGAGGAGUCCUCCAGCAGCGAGGGUCGCUUCCAGAGCCAGCACAAGAAGGCUGUAGAGCAGGUGGCAUGAUCCUGUCUGGGGCAUCUAUCCAGCCUGCUCUCCUUGAGGACACAGAAGGGUCAAAGUCUAGAAGAAGACCAUGCAAGGUGCUUCCCAGACUAGAGAAAGAGAAGAGACACCUGGAAUAUUCUAAGGAGUGUUUAAAAGGGAAGUCCUAAUGUUAAAUGCUCUAUGAUAUUUUAGAUUUGUGUAUCGUAAGAAUUGCCACGGAUGAAGAAUUUUGAUAAUAACACUGUUUCCUCCUUGUAGUCAAGUUCAUAGUGGGCUACAUGAGUGUGCUUUCCAUGGCUUGAGCUCCCCCAUGUGAUGAAUGAGGUGAAUCCUGGCUUUUCUAUUUUAAUAAAACAUCUCUGAGUUACAGAAAAAUAACUGCCCUGUUCAGUGAUGGGGAGAGCUGGUGAAUACAGUUCAACACAGCUGUAUUUCAAUCUUUGACAGUUGUGAUAAAAUCUUGUUUGCAUCUCAGAAUAGCAGAGACUAACAAAUAUGAUUCUAUGGGCUGAAAUUCCAUAAAACCCCCAAUUUUUUGGUAGGGGGAAACAUCUGCAGGCUGACUGAUUAGAACUUCAUGAUUAUGGAGAAUUGGAAUAUACAGAUUGAUAGCCAAAAGUUAUCUUUAGUCUCCUUAUAUCUUAUGUAUCACCAAACUGUAUAUUUGACCUAGCAGAUAAAGCUGUUAGAACAUAUUAACUCAGCUGACUGCUAGCUUCUACUCAUCCCAAAGCUAAGAUGUUGUAGCAUCCAGAGCCUACCACCAGUAUACUUGGUAAAUUCAUUGGUUUGUGACUUUGUUGUAUUUUGUGAUAAUAAUAAAAUCAUGUAACCAUUUCCAGGAUGGGAUGUAUCAUUUGGGACAACAUGAAUGCAUGUUGCCAGGCCACGGUCACUCAUAAUUGGCUCAGAAUAAACAAUUUCUUAUUCUUUUUGAAGCAA